GGUUCAACUGGUGACAGCUGUUCUGACCCAGUUUUAUCUUCUCCGGGCUGUUGUCUCUGCGUAAGCUUCAUCGCUAUACCGCAUAUUUGUAAAACUGUAUUUUGCAAUAGGUGUUUGCCCGAGAGCGUUUAAAAGCUGCUUUUGGAAUUGGACCUGGCUACAUACGUCACUGCCAUUGAUUUGUGCUUUGCUUGCGAUGUUGCUUUCCGACGCGUCUUUGAAUUAUUAACAGAGUUGGUUGGAACCAGUUUUGAUAUCGUGCAGGAGGUUUAACAGUCAUAGAUGGUAAAGUUGCCGCAAACUGAACUAGGACGAACGUGAAAUACAGUUUAAACAAAGAUUUAAUUAUAUCCGCUCCAUUGUGCGUCAGGUACAGAAAUUAAUCAGGGAAUCAUUUGAACUCGCCGCUGGAACCAGUAAUUGAAAACCUCGACACCGGAGUGAUUAUAAACCUACUUUAACAGGUGGAUGCUAUAUUAAUAACUUCAUACUUUCUACAUUUGGAAUACAAGGGAACGUAAUAAAUUGGAAAAAUGAUUUUGACUUGAUUGCCAUGAAGACUGGUAACUUGCAGGCAUCUGAGAGUCACUUGAACAAUGCAAGUAACAACCCGCCAGUUGCCAGUUCUAUCGGUCUGUUGUCACAAAAGCUACAAUAUGUAAUGGAAGUUUCAGGCAGUGAUGACCAUCCCCCAUCAUCAGUGGUCAGAACUAGCAGCAUUUCUAGAAUUUGCCAUGAACCGAGCGAUAAGGAAAGCCUGCUGUCCCCAUGUGAAUGUUCAGGGACUCUGGGGGCUGUUCAUCGCAGUUGCCUGGAGCAGUGGCUGGCUGCUUCCUGUUCCAGCCACUGUGAACUGUGCCACUUCGAAUUUUCUCUGGAACGAACGUCAAGGCCAAUCUCAGAGUGGCUGAUAGAUCCUACACUACAACAUACAAGGAGAAUGCUAUAUGGAGACAUUAUCUGUUUUCUCUUCAUUACGCCGUUGGCUACAUUGUCAGGUUGGCUGUGUGUCCAAGGAACUAUUGACCAUUUUUACUUCAGUAGCAGCAUAGAAGCAGUUGGACUUCUUAUCCUUUCAGCUGUGCUAAUUACCAUUUACAUCCUCUGGACGACUGCUUCUUUCCGAUAUCAUAUGCGCCUGCUGAAAGAGUGGAGACGGACCAACCAGAAGGUUAAACUGCUUAUUCCAAGAUCGCAUGUAUUCUUCAGCAACCAGCCAAACCUCAUAACUCAAAACUCAAGUAUUAUCAUUUCUAAAGAGACUAUAGUCUAACUUUACUAGGAACUGCCUUGAAUGUUCUGCAGCUGAAAGAGGGACCAAACUUGUAAGUUACAGAAAAUAAUAACGCAAAGAUGAGUUGAUGUUAUACCACAACUUUUCAAUGAACUAGGCUUGUUAGUAAGCAUCCUGCUACUUUGCUUGAUUGCGGACUAUUUGUUAUAAUCAGUUAAUGGAAAAUGAGACAAAGAUCACUAUUACAACUGGUGGUAAACCAAUGCUUCUUUAUACCUUUUAUUGUCCGCCUUGAGAGUUCUUCUGUAAUUUAACUGAGCACAUUGAUGGGUUUUGAAUUAGCUGGUAAAAUUAAAGCAACUUUCUCAUGGCGAAGAUUAAAAUGACCAGAUAGGAAGUAACUCUCUCACUCUGUUAUAUUAAUUUUAGAUGCUAUAUUUCUUUAAUGAGGAUCUUGCUGGAAUUGAAUCAUAUUGUGCUGUAGACUUAGCACUGGUGGGAUCUUGUUGCUGCUGACUACGGUGCUUCAGGACACAUGAACUACUCAAUCUCUAGGGCUUUUAGAAUUUAUAGUGUGCCACAACCAAGUAAUGAGCAAAAAAAAAUUGUUAAUGGGUUCAUUGUACUCCUGGGUUGUCAAAUACAUUGUCCUUGAAAACUUAAAAACAAGAUUUGCUUAUUUUUUAAUAACGAUUGAACUUCAGAAUAUCAUUUUAAUACAAACUAUACAACCAACUACCAUAACUGUUAAUCUUUCAUUGUGAUAUUGUUUUCAGUUUUCUGAGUUUUGACAAUUUUAUUAUUAAGAAAUGUUUAGGUUUUGCUGCCUGUUGAAAUGUAAAAAAAAACUGAAAUUGCCAGACUUGUAAAACAAUAAAAAUAA